UCGACCUACUUACAUAUUAUAACGCUAGUCUUAACCAUGUUAUAUUAUAAAUAUAAAAAGGUCAUGUGAAAGGAAGUGAUCGUACAGUAUUUUAAGUGGUUGGAUAUAGCUUUAUAUAUACCCGAAAGUUCAAAACCGAAAGUGAAGCUGGUGGUAAAUUUGCUAUGAUAUUUAUAGCGCUGGAUAUACCUACAGUUCUAUUUUUGGAAAAACCCGUUUAUGUUUUGGUUAAACCAGCAGCGCUAAGUUGCCAACACGGAAUAUAUUCGCCUUAAAGAUACACCGGAAGUAGUGUACCAAUUGACGUUGUACUCUUGUUCAUGUGCUGCGGUUGAAAUCGUGUCAAUGCUGAAUCUCUAAACUAGGGAAAAAAGGCCAGACAUAUACAACGCCAUGCAUACCUCGACAUCUAGUCAAAUCUAAUUGGUCUCACCGUUGUGUAGAGAAAUGUCUGGGACUUAGCCGAGGGCAACUGGAGAAGGGUUGUUGAUGGCAAAACAGGUUGGAGACUACAUGAGACUUUGACAGAUGGCGGGAAACCCUUCUCAACUGGUUACACGAGUUUGAAGAAGUACAGGUUGCGUUUAGCAAGAUGUGGAACCUUUCAGUGGAUAUGGAAGCCGCGCCAAAAUAAUCAAGGAUGCAGAACAAGGAAAGCGAUAUUGGUGUCAGAAGAACGUCGAACAAAAAGCGUCAUCAAAACCUUCAAUCAAUCAUGCAGAUUCCAGAGCAUUUCACAGAAUUGUCUAUUCGGAUGUUUGACGCACUUGACGACAGUGGAGCUGGGAAGGAAACUGUAUUGGAGCGGAGGAGAACUUUCUUGCGGAGGGAGCACAUUGAGAAAAUAGCAUAUCAACUACAAGGACACGACAUUGAGUGUUUUCAUUUCGGGAGCCAGUCGGAAGGGACCACAACUCCCGGUCUCCAGUCUGAUAUUGAUUUCCUAACAAGUGAUCACAAAUUCAAUAUCAUGACUUUCUGGGAAGACUGGAAGACUGGGAUGAAUAACCUUCUGAUGCUCCACGACGACACCACUCCACCUCAACAGUACUUGCUACAAGUCAUCAAACCCUACACACCGGAACCAGUGACCAGUCUAACCGAUGACAGGUUGGUAAGGAAAGAUUCUGGGCAAAUACUGUUAAGCGCUGAAAGAUGGAAACAGCACGUCGAGUAUGAGAAUAGGGCUGAAGGACUUGGGGAGGCAACUAAAAAUGGGCCUUCUGUGAGUUUUACGCCUAACUGGGAUAUUGUAAAUGCAUGUCAUAUACGCAAACCUCUUCCUGAAAUACAGCACUGGAUAGACAGAUGUAGAGGUAAACACUGGCCACCUGUUCAGCUUCUCGAGGCUGCACGGAUAGCUCCGUGUUUCCUGGUACCAGCAGGACAUCCAGACAGUGAUUACAAGCGAGAAGAAUGGCGACUGUCUCCAAACCUCAUAGAACGAAUGUUGACAUUUAGCUUCAAUAUGACUCAAAUAAAAUGUUACAUUGUUUUAAAACUUAUCAAAAAAUCAUUAUUUGCUUACAUUGUGGGGGAUGCUAUUACAAGCUUUCAUUGUAAAACUUUAAUGUUUUUCACCAUAGAAAGAACACAUCCUUCUCUGUGGUGCGAACACAACCUUAUGUUUGUACUUUUGCUCUGUUUACACGUAUUGAGGCGAUGCCUGCGAUUGGGAAGGCUUCCGCAUUAUAUCAUAGAAGGUGUGAACUUGUUCGAUGGGAAACUCUCAAAGUUGCUGCAGAAACGCCUUUUAGUGUAUAUAGACUCGUUGAUAAGGAAUAACUUACAAGAUGUUUUUUGUAUUGGUAUAGUUAAUAUAGGAUGUCGGUUACAAGCGUGUAGUAUGCGGCAUAAUGUACAGGCUGGAGAACUCAGAGCUUCUAGUCGCUUAAAGUUUGCUUCUAUGCUAUACUGCAGUGGUCAUCUUCAAGCGGCAGUUCGAGUGUUGGAGGAUGUGGAGAGGAGGUAUCACAGCGAGGUCAAGGCUGUGUGUGCAUUUAGAAGAAUAGAGGGAGACAGGGAUCUGAAUGUGUUUGCUAAUAUGUUAGCAGGUAACAAAGAAGAGGGAUUUAGUGAACUGCCAUUCGUAUCCUGUGUCAGAUUUAUAAGGCAAGAAUCGUAUUGCACUCCUGCCAUAUUAUUGUUUGAAAUGAAUCGCAAUAACACCGAAGAGGAAGUGGCACAGAGAAAUAACGCUGAAAAACUAUGGAUGGACAGUGCUGAGGUGGAUGCCCGUCCAUUCCUACACUAUCUGCAGUAUAUCACGUAUGGGGGACUCGGUGAACGUGACACACAGUUUCAUGCUAUGGGAGUCCUCGAGGCUUAUAUAAAUACAUGUAUAAGAAAUCAACUCAACCUGUAUCACGUAGAGACAGCACUCAACUUGCUGGGGCAUUGUUACGAAAUGGAAGGAGACUAUGCAGGAGCGUUACAUUACUACGAGUGGUCGUUGCGUUGUCGUCGUACAAACAACGCCGCUAACUGGCACGUCCUGCGUAUUAUGCGUCUCAUAAGUGGUUAA